AAUUAAAUAAUAUGGAAUAUAAAAAAUAGAAAAUGAAUAAAUGAAAUUGUCCUUUUUGUCUGGGCGUGGAGAUUGGUUCAGAUCUGAUGUGAGAGAAACAAAAAGAUAACUACUAAAAAAAAAAAAAAAAAAAAAAGAAAGGCAACCAUAAAUCCAUGUCAAACCCAACAAACAACAGCAGCAGCAGCAAUUAGCUUCUUUCUCCGGCUUCAUCUCAUACGCCGUCGUUUUUAAUUGACCCCAAGUUCGGUGCUUGCCGCGCAUGGCGGUUGAGUGAGAAGCGCCGGAAAAUUGACCCACGCUUCUUCUUCCACAUUCCGUCGCCGAUUUUUCUGAAUUUUCCGGCCUUGUUUUCUCUCUCUAGGUCAUAAUAUACUGAUUUUUUAUUUUUUUUGUCGAUUUUGAAGAAAUUAGGUAAAGUGAUGGAGAAGAGUUUGGAUUCGGAGCUGUGGCACGCGUGCGCCGGAGGCAUGGUUCAAAUGCCGCCGGUGAAUUCGAAGGUUUUCUAUUUCCCGCAGGGCCACGCCGAGCACACUCUCACCACUGUUGAUUUUGGCGCUCUGCCGAAAAUUCCGCCGAUGAUUCUCUGCCGUGUAAUCGCCGUGAAAUUUCUCGCCGACGCCGAGACCGACGAAGUUCACGCGAAGAUUAGGCUGAUUCCGGUCGGGAAAAACGAGCACGGCUUCGACGACAACGGUCGAGAUUUGGGAAUCGCUGGAUCUGCGGCGUCGGGCGAAAAGCCAACUUCCUUCGCGAAAACCCUCACGCAAUCCGACGCCAACAACGGCGGCGGUUUCUCUGUUCCUAGAUUCUGCGCGGAGACGAUUUUCCCGCCUCUGGAUUACACCGCCGAUCCGCCCGUGCAGAACGUCAUCGCUAAAGACGUACAUGGAGAAACGUGGAAGUUCAGGCACAUCUACAGAGGAACGCCCCGGAGGCACUUGUUGACUACUGGAUGGAGUACCUUCGUCAAUCAGAAGAAGCUUGUCGCCGGUGACUCCAUCGUUUUCUUAAGGUCCGAAAAUGGAGAUCUCUGUGUCGGGAUCCGAAGGGCUAAGAGGGGCGGCAGCGGCGGCGGUCAGGACUCUUCCUCCUCCUCCGGGUGGAACUCCGGCGGUGCCGGAAAUUUCGGGUUUUCUCCGUUUCUGAAGGAGGACGAGAUACACAGAGGUGUAUGUAACGGGAAUCUGAGGGAGAAGGGGAAAAUCAGGCCAGAGUCGGUUGUGGAGGCCACUUUCAUGGCGGCUAAUGGACAGGCUUUUGAGGUUGUUUAUUAUCCUCGUGCGAGCACGCCUGAGUUUUGUGUGAAAGCUUCGUCUGUGAAUUCUGCGAUGAGGGUACAGUGGUUUUCUGGGAUGAGAUUCAAGAUGCCUUUCGAGACGGAAGAUUCGUCGAGAAUUAGCUGGUUUAUGGGCACCAUAGCUAAUGUUCAGGUUGUCGACCCUCUUCGUUGGCCCAAUUCACCUUGGAGAAUGCUUCAGGUGACAUGGGAUGAACCAGAUCUACUGCAAAAUGUGAAGUGCGUGAGCCCUUGGUUAGUCGAAAUGGUCUCUAAUAUGCCAAUCCACCUCUCACCCUUCUCACCACCUCGUAAGAAGCUGCGUUUACCCCAUCACACAGACUUCCAACUCGACGGUCAAUUUCAAAUGCCGUCGUUUUCAGGCAACCCCCUUGGUCCUAGCAGUCCACUAUGUUGUCUCUCUGACAACAUCCUAACUGCAGGCAUACAGGGAGCCAGGCAUGCUCAAAUUGGAGUCCCCUUUUCGGAUCUCCACCUCAGCAACAACAAACUGCACAUGGGAUUAUUUCCACCUAGUUUCAUGCACCUCGAUUCUCGUCCGAGAAUUCCCCACAGUACAAAUGUGGGGUCAGGCAAUGAGAAUAUAUCUUGCCUAUUAAGCAUGGGAAACUCUAGUCAGAAAUCGGACAAACCCGAUGGUCCAAAGAAACCUCGUUUUGUACUCUUUGGUCAGCCGAUUCUCACUGAGCAGCAGAUGUCGAGUGAAUUGUCUUCUAAAGUAGGUCAGGGAAAGAAUUCAUUGGAUUUGUCUAGUGCCCAGUUUUUGAGGAAACCAGGUUAUCAUUCGUCUGAAAUCGGGCUGGACACUGGUCACUGCAAAGUGUUCUUGGAUUCCGAAGAUGUAGGCCGGACUCUUGAUCUGUCUUUUCUUGGGUCGUACGAAGAGUUUUUCAAGAGGAAAUUGAUCACCGGUUUGCCAACGGCUGAGCGUGGACUUGAUUCCUCGAACCAGACAGGACCCUUGAGCAUAUAUGCAUAA